GUGAACCCAGAUUGGAACUGUUCACCUGACGGCGUUGGAAACUGUUAAAAUAUUAGUGCCAAUCUGUAUCCAGAAUAACCUGUCGCCACCCACUAGACUCUUUCAAAGUUACUUUAUCACCACGAAGCAUCUGGCGUUGACAACCCAGGUUCUUCUGAGUAAGAACAAUAGCGCUUCUGUAAUAUUUGUUGUAUGUAUUUGUUGAGAGUUCGUUAAAGAUCGUGUUUAUUAUUUCCUAGUCUUGAUCCAGUCAAGGGCGUUUCUUUCAUCUUCAGUUCAUAUGGGUUGUAGCUAUCAGAAUUCAAUCUUGGUGGGUUGUUUUUGUUCAUGGCGUCUCUUGAGCUCGUAGAUGAUCAAAUUUCAUUCGCAACUGUUUUUAGCUGUGAAUGACUGCAAAUUUGUUUGAGUGUGUUUUGUGGGUAUGAGUUUGUAGGGUAAAUUUGUAAGGGUAGUUUGUUGGGUUGGUGUGGAAGCUAAAUUUUGAUACAAGAAUGGCUUUCUCUAGUAAUGGGAAGAGCAAGGAGGUAAUUGAGGAAUCUAAUAAUACUGAAACGAAUAAUCAGAUCCCUCUUGAGAUUUCAGCCUCUCGAAGGAAGCUACUAAGCAGCAAAGAACCUGGAAAGAGUUAUAAUACAAUUGGUUAUAUUACUGAUAGAAUAAGUUUACUCAAGUUUGGUGCUGCAUCAGCCAAAUUCAAACAGAUAGCAGAUGAGAGAGAUGAGAUUUCGCGAUCUGUGGCUUCUUCUAGUGGUCAUGGGUUUAGAGACAGAUUUAAUGAGGUUUUUUCACGAAAGAUUAAUUGGUUAUCACUCAAGAAAAUGUGCAUAAAAUGGAUAAGAGAUCCAAUGAAUCUGGCUCUAUUUUUGUGGAUCUUAAUUGUUGCUAUCUCGGGUGCACUUUUGUUCCUUGUUAUGACUGGAAUGUUAAACAAAGUGAUUCCAAGGAAGUCUGAAAGAGAUGUCUGGUUUGAAGUUAAUAAUCAAAUUCUCAAUGCUCUGUUUACUCUUAUGUGUUUGUACCAGCACCCUAAGAGAUUCUACCACCUUGUACUUCUUUGUAGAUGGAAACCGGAAGACAUUUCUAAACUCAGAAAAAUAUACUGCAAAAAUGGGACUUAUAAGCCUCAUGAGUGGGGGCACAUGAUGGUUGUUGUUCUUCUACUCCAUUUGAAUUGCUUUGCUCAGUAUGCACUCUGUGGUCUAAAUUUGGGGUACAGGAGAUCUCAACGACCUGCUAUAGGUGUUGGGAUAUGUAUAUCUGUUGCAAUUGCUGCACCUGCAGUCGCUGGUCUUUACUCCAUUAAGAGCCCACUUGGGAGGGAUUAUGAUUGUGUAAGAGAUGAGGAAGCAUGGACUGUUAAUGCUGGUGAAAGUGUUAGGCCAGUGAGCAGAAAAUCAUUUGAGAAAAGAUUUUCUUUUGUGUCAAGUGAUGAACAAUUGCAAUGGAGCGGUGGUAUAUUUGAUUUUUGGGAUGAUAUAUCUUUGGCUUACCUCUCACUUUUUUGUACUUUUUGUGUCUUUGGGUGGAAUAUGGAGAGGCUUGGGUUUGGCAACGUGUAUGUUCAUAUUGCUACUUUUAUCUUGUUCUGUAUGGCUCCUUUCUGGAUUUUCAACUUGGCUGCUGUUAAUAUUGAUAAUGAGUCUGUCAGAGAAGCUCUAUCUGUUACUGGAAUUGUCCUUUGUGCAUUUGGUUUACUCUAUGGUGGCUUUUGGAGGAUUCAAAUGAGAAAGAGAUUUAAUUUACCAGCUUAUAACUUCUGUUGUGGUAAACCGGCAGCUAGUGAUUGUACUCUAUGGCUUUUCUGUUGUUGGUGUUCUCUUGCUCAGGAAGUUCGAACAGCAAAUGCAUACGACAUUAUAGAAGAUAAGUUAUGCAGAGAACCAAUUUAUAAUGGUGAACAGCUGCUGAUGUCACCUUUGCCACGCGAAGAUGGAGUGUCUCAAUUCAGAUCGGGACCAGGUUCUCCACUUGGGAGCAGCUCAAACACACCCAUUAUUAGUAUAGCUAAUUCUCCUAGUCCAAGCAGAGUUUCAAAGGAGUAUCAUGGUCCUGAAAGACAGCUUUCUGUGUUAAUAGAAGAGUCUUUUGCCAGAGUUAAGGAAGAAACCAUGAUCCCUCCUGCUCCACCAGUGAUACUGAAGGAAGACUUCCUGCGAAAGGAGUCAGUUGAAAUUAAUUUAUGAUAGUAUACAAACAGAAGCUUGCCUGUUUCAAAGUGAAUUUUAAUCCAUUACAUAUUUCAAUCUUUGUCCUUACAAAUCUGAAAUGAUUUCUUUUCAUUCAA